AUGAACCUACAACCUCCGCCACCGUUUCUGGCUGUACCUGGUAAGCCACUUAUUCCCUGGCCGGAAUGGCAUCUACUAUUCGAUACGUACUUGGAGGCCUCUGGAGGAACGCGUUUCGGAGACGCCAGGAAGACAGCCGUCCUGCUGAAUUGCCUAGGGGUAGAAGGGCAGCGGAUCUUCCGUUCUCUACCCGAGGUGGUUCGCCCGUAUGCUCUACCAGAAACUUCAACGUCUGAAGGCUCAACUUCGAGUCACAGUUCCUACGCCACAGCGGUGAGCAAGUUGACCAGCUACUUCACACCGACAGUUAACAAAACAGUCGAACGCUACAAAUUUCGGCAAAGAAGCCAGCUUCCUGGUGAAAAUAUUGAAGAGUACGUAACAGCAUUACGUACUUUAGCGUCUACAUGCAGAUUCAACGAUCUCACAGAAGAAAUGAUAUGUGAUCAACUAGUUGAGAAAGUUGCGGCAAAGCAAGUUCGUGAUCGCCUACUGUUGGAACCUGACCUUACGCUCAAUACCGCUAUCACUAUAGCGUGUCAAGUAGAACAAGCUAUGCGAGAAUCUCGCAUCCUUUCAGCCACCUUGCCUGACCAGAUUGAAGUAGCAGCGAUUAGCAAGCAAAGACAUGUGAAGAAAGUUAAAAACGCUAAGCAUACAUGUUACAGAUGUGGUUCUACUAAUCAUCUAGCGAAUGAUCCCCUAUGUCCGGCAAAGGACAAACUCUGCAAAAAGUGCAACAAGAAGGGACACUUCGCGUCCGUCUGCAAGAGCGCCCGUCCUACCAAAGAAGUUAAGAACAUAGCGGAAGCACAAGUUCUCACAACGGGUCCGACAGAGCCUAUAUACUGCGAGAUCCGAGUGGAGGGCACUCCUAUACGUCUCCUAGUUGACACGGGCUCGUCGGUAUCCAUCAUUCCGAACUCAUUAUUUCAGGCCAAUUUCAAGCACAUAGCAUUACGCAACAGUUUGACGCAACUCACUGACUAUUCUCGAAAACCCAUACCAGUACUGGGAGUCUUCACUGCGAAGGUUGCUUUUGGUGAAAGAGAAACGACAGGACACUUCCACGUUGUGAGACAAGGAUCAGCAGUUCUGGGCCUCGAUUUACUACAAGCGUUAGACAUUUCUCUCGAAAUUGCAACUCGAGAAUGUCACCAAGUACAAGCUAUGAAUGCAGAUACUGUACCUCAGCACGCUCUCAAAUUCCCGGCCCUAUUUUCAAGCAGACUGGGAAUGGUAAUAGGGUUUGUGCACAAGAUCAAAGUAAAGCCCUCAGUCACUCCCGUGCAACAGAAGCUUCGUCGUUUACCUAUUGCAAUUAGGCACAAAGUGUCAACGGAAUUGCAAAGGCUAGAAGAAGCGGGUGUCAUUGAAAGGAUUGACGCCUCUGAAUGGGUAUCUCCGGUAGUGGUCGCUUGGCGCAAAACUGGAGAGAUUCGCCUAUGUGUGGACCUCCGCCGUCCGAAUGAAGCCGUCGUCAUCGAUUCCCAUCCACUCCCUCACCCGGAAGAAAUUUUUCAUCAACUUUCUGGAGCAAGGGUCUUCUCCAAAUUGGACCUCUCCUCCGCUUAUCACCAGCUGCCCUUAGCAGAAGAGAGUAGAAACCUCACAGCAUUUAUAACCCACGAAGGUUUGUUUCGCUAUACACGUGUGUGCUUUGGUCUCUCUUCAGCAGCUGCGGCCUUCCAGAAGAUGAUGAUGUGCGUACUCAAGGACUGUGCAGGCACGCUGAACUAUUUAGAUGAUGUUCUCGUUUUUGGGACAACACAGGAGCAGCACGACCGAAAUCUGGACCAAGUAUUGUCAAGACUGAUGAGCUGCGGACUAACGCUGAACCUGAAGAAGUGCGUAUUCUCAGUCCAGUCAAUCAAGUUUCUGGGACAUACAGUCUCUGACAAGGGUAUUCACCCAGACGAAGACACGAUGCAGGCCAUCAUGGAUGCACCCCACCCUACAAACGUGACAGCAUUGAGGUCCUUCUUGGGUCUCGCUUCGUAUUAUCUCAAGUUUGUGCCACAUUUCGCAACACUCACUGAACCUUUACGAUCCCUACUUCGAAAAGAUUCAACAUUUGUCUGGUUAACAGAGCAGCAAGAAUCGUUUGACAAGUUGAAGCACUUGAUCAAGAACUGCACCACGUUAGCUAUAUUUGACCCCAGACUUCCAACGGUUGUCACUACGGACGCUUCGGAUUACGGUUUGGGAGCCGUACUCGAACAGGAACACCCGGAUGGACUAUACACUGUGGCAUUUGCUUCGCGAACACUUUCCGAGACCGAAAGGAGGUACUCGGUUGGCGAAAAAGAAGCCCUAGCUUGCUUGUAUGCAUGCGAAAAGUGGCAUACCCUACUUCUUGGAAAACGGUUUACACUCCGUACAGACCACCAAGCUCUAACCACUCUUCUAUCGAGUCAGGGUUACGGUCGUCAACCGAUGCGUAUCGCCCGAUGGGCUGCCCGACUUCUACGAUAUGACUAUCAAAUCAUCUACAGAAAAGGCAGCAAAAAUGAGGUCGCUGACGCGCUCUCUCGUCUACCCAUAGCUCACAAGGACGGUCGGAACAACGAAGACAGCGACAUGGUUAUGAUAUGCACAAUAGAGCAAGGUCUUCACCCCAUUACAUGGGAAGAGCUCAAGAAAGAAACAGCAGAAGACCAAGUUCUCUCUACUGUGUACAAGUUCGUAGGCUCAACGUGGCCGUCAUCAACCAAGAGUAAUCCCUCACUGCAUUGCUUCUUCAAAGUCGCAGAAAGUUUGUCUGUUAUACAGGGAGUCGUCAUGCGUGGUGACACAGUAGUCCCUCCGUCUACGCUGAGACGACGUAUUGUUGAUAUAGCUCACCAAUCACACCCAGGAAUCGUCCGUACCAAACAGAGGAUCCGACAGGUGUAUUGGUGGCCUAAAAUGGACCUGGAUGUCGAGGAGUACGUUAAAACGUGUCACACCUGUCUUCGGAACGACAAAACCGCAACUCCACAUCCUGCUCCAUUACAACCUGUACCUUUUCCUUCGGCUCCUUGGAAACAGCUUGCGGUAGACAUUGUCGGACCGUUCGGGACUCUCCCAUCGCAGAACAGAUUUGCAAUUACAGCAGUGGAUUUUUACAGCAAAUGGCCCGAAGUAGCCUUCGCCUCACGGGUCACAACCGAUGUCAUCAUCAACUUCCUUCUGACGCUUUUCAGCCGUGAAGGCUACCCGCAAGUUAUUGUAACGGACCACGGUCCACAGUUCGAGUCACGUAACUUUAAAUGCUUCUUAAGUGAACGAGGCAUCAUGCACCGCAAAUCGUCCGUGUAUCAUCCACAGUCGAACGGUCAAGUGGAACGUUUUAACCGUUGCCUAAAAGAUUAUCUACAGACUAUCGCAAUUUCUCACGCUCCUUUGGAAUCAACAAUUCAGGAGUUUCUCGCAAUCUAUCGGAGCACCCCUCAUGCGGCGACGAAAGUGUCACCAGCAGAAUUGUUGCAUGGCCGAAAGCUACGCACAAAAUUAGACAUCGUUGGGUUUCCUAACAUGGACAACGAGUUCUCCGAAGAAGUCCAGAACUUACGUCGCAGGGUAGCAACCUACCAGGCUCGCGAGAAAAAGAAUGCGGACCAGCACAGGAACCCUAAAGAGCCCACUUUCCGUGUAGGGGACAGAAUCCGAGUCAAGUUACCAUGGCAUCGCCCGAAAGGACAUUCAUCUUACAGUGAGCCCUUAACUAUAAUGGCACCUGUCAACAGAAGUACAUUUCGCACUAGCGAUGGUCGCACUUGGAACGCAUGCAGGCUGUCUCCAGCGGCAACCUGA